AUGAAGGUUCGUUGUAAUUUUAUUUCCAUGAUAUAAAAAAGAUCUGAGUUAACUAUAUAUGUGUAUUUGUCCGUGCUUAAAGGACCCUCUUUUCUGCUCUUUUUAUCUCUUAACGACGCUACCGUUUUUUAUGCCGUGUUCAAAGUAAUUUCCACGAAAUGCAAAAUGGUCUCUGCCUCUUUAAAACGUAGUUAUCUUUUUCUAUUUUGUAUUUCUUUUGAAUCACUUUGAAAACGACAUUAAAGUUCACUUUGUUUCUCUGAGCUCUUCGGAUAGAUAAAAGAAGGUAUCUAGAUACAGAGAGGUCCGAAUUUUUCUAUAAGUGGGACUCACAGCUACUUUCCAAAUUUGUCCGUUAAAAAACAAGAAAGGGUAUUUUUAGUGUUUUUAUUGAAGAUCUUUGAAUCUUAAACUCUUCGUUCAAAAAUAUUAGAGAUUUAUUUCCAAAAAAAAGCGUUUAAAAGCGGUGUUUAUACUAAAUCGCAAGAUUCUAACUCAUCGGCACAGGAAAAGAAAAUAUGGCUUUUUAAUUUUGAUGCGCAUGAAUAUUUUCAAUACUUUUCAUACUUUGUACUUUAUACUUUGCAGUCUAUGCUUUUUUUCUGAUAGAAAGUUUAGAUAAUUCAAAAAAAAAGAAUCCUAACUUAUUUUGCAGGAGAUUUGCUCAAUUCUUUACAGAUGCUACAUGCUGUUCUGAUUUUCCUUGCCCAAACUGUGGCCCAAGCGAAAGGCGUUGCGUCUUGUCCCGAGCAGUGCAUUUGCUACGAACAAUCUAUUGCUUGCUCGUUAGUUAUUUUCUAUUUUUUUAAGUUCAAGCGGAAAUGGAAGGGUUUAAAACUUUCAAAUCAGAUAGCUAAAUUAAUAAGUUUUUCAAGGAGAUAGUUUAAAAAACAGAAUGGAUUGAAAAAAUAUUGAAUUUUUGUUAGAGUAUUUUUAAGAAUUUGAGAGAAGUUUCAAAAUGAAAAAAGGAAAGUUUAGAAAGAUCUCAACACGAGAAAUUGAUAAAUGUCAAUGCCGUAGUUUGGAAUGAGUCCAAACUCUCAAGGGUUCGUAACGGAAUACACUGGAAACCAUUUUUGACACAUAAAAUAACAAUUUGAAGAAAGUUUUCGAAAAGUUGAAAUGCUCAAUAGUGGAGCAGGAAAACUAAACAAACACACAAAAAUUUCCCCUAUGGCUGUAAUCACGAGAAAAACAAAAAGACUGAUAAUUAUUAUCGAUUUUUUGCCUUAUCAGCUGUCUUUCCUGGACGAGAAUUUAGCUUUUUUUAGUUAUUUUGAAAAAUAAUCAAUUUUGAUAUUUUUUUGAAAUUUUGCUAAAAACGCUUCUUUAUACAGCGUGAGUCUUAAUCUACACAAUUUCAUGGAAUUUCAAAAAGAUUGUAAUAGAAUAGAAAAUCACAGUUUUCAUUUUUUUUUUUUCCAAAAUUUUAAGUUCAAAGCAAAAAAACCAGUCUGGUAUAAUCAGCAGAACAUCUCAUUUCUGUGCUAAUUCACUAUGAAAGCCUCAAACACUUUGAAUGAAAAGUGAUUUUAAUUAUUUCAGUAGUUAAGAUAGUUCAAUAGUUACGAAAACUGUUUAUAGUUGAUGAAAAAUUUUCAAAAGGCUCACUAUAUAAUGCAAAAAAAGAGAAUCAAGGCGUCAGUGUGGCAUCUUCCGCGAAAGAAGGAAUUUUUGUAGGAUGAAAAAAGAAGAGAUUGUAGCCAGACAAGGGCAGCUGAGGCCAAAUAUGGAGUGGUCGGCGUGUCCGCGGGACAAUAGCCGCCGGCUUACAUCUGCGCGAGCAAACAAUCACGCGCGGCUGAUUAGUUAACGUAACACUUUGAAAUGGGGUCAAUCGCGCGAAACCAGAAAAGUUUUAGGUUGUUCUUGAGCAGUUUUACCAAAACCGCAAACCUGGAUACUUGGUUCAAUUCUAAAGUGUUUCUUCCGUUUUUUUUUGAAAAAAAAAGAAAAAAAUUCCAUGAUAAAUCUAAUUGUUUUCUCUCAUUUUUGGAUUUUCGAAUCACCAGUAAUUCUCUACUCAACUGAAAAUCAUCAAGAAAAAAAUUCUGUGGCGUACCAAAUCAACAAAUCAACAAAUCCAAACAUAAAACGAAGAUAGUAAGAGAAUAAACCAACCGGGACGUUUCUGUGGUUCUGGUUUCUCUCGAGCCGCUCGUUCUGAAACUGUAAAUAGAAUUACUCAGGGCCGGAACAAUUCUCAAAACUGAUUAGGUUAAAUUUCAUUUUGUCCGUUAGAAAUUCUCUACAUUUCUGUGUAAAAGUGCAUCAAUGUUUUACUUUUUUUCUCUGAAUUCAGUGUAAUUUAUAGUUUUGAAGUAUUUGUGCUAGAAUUCAGCAGUUGAUCAACAAUCACUAAAUUUUUUUUGAGCUCUUGAAAACCUGCGCUCAAUAUGGACUGCACUCGAAAUCUUUCUUCGACAAAUACCCUGUAAAUGGGGCUCAGACAAAAGAGUCUACAGGGAAAAAUUCCGUUUUGAAAAUAAAUAAUAAAGAAGUGGGUUGCUGAUAAAAAAUCGAAUGAAUUGGAGCCAACAACUAUAUGAUAUGUGUUAAAUGAAAGUCUGAGAAAACGUCAUCCUUUGAAAAAAUCUUCUUCAAAGAAUAGGUGGAAUCUGUUCUUUGAUCGAAUAUUCCAAUUUGUAUAAAUGAUUAAGGCAAAACGCAAUUACAGACAUGCACAGACUGUUUUUGUUACUGCUCACCAAUUCCCUAUUUCUUACAAAGCGACUACUCUAAAUGAUAACUUUAACGAAAGCUAUAAUUUAAUCAACGUAUACCAACUGAGAAAAAAACUGAAUAGAAUAAAAAUCGAAGAAGGGCCGAAAAUAGAGGAUUUGUACGAGAGCGCGGCAGGUGGCGUUACAUAGCCGCCGGAACCACUUCAAAGGAAAAAACCGACAAAAUUACCGCGGAAACCCAGUAAUUAAAUUGCCCUAUGUACAAAAUUAUGCUAAUUUGAUAGAUUUUGAAAUUUAGAGUGUUGUGAACAGGAGGAAGAAAUCUCAGUCCCGUAAGACUUCUAAAGUUAAAAUGAAAAUUUGAAAAAGUUCAAUUUUAAGAUGAAUUGGAAAUAAGGAUGAAGAAAGAGUUUCAGUUGUGAAGAAAAGAAUCUGGAUGAGCUGAUUAUCUCAUCGUUGGGCCACACUUUCAUAUCUUCCCUGACUAUUCACUCGUGCGAUAAGGUUUGGGUUCAACUUUUUUCUCCUCAAUUUAUAAAAAAAAAAGAGACGGUUUCAGGUAACCGUAACGAAUGGAAGCUUCAUCGGGGUAGUAAUUUCAGAACGGCUUUCUUUCAUAAAAAAAUAAGUUCGUUUCCAAGUUUUCUGUUCGUUCUUGGCUCUGUGAGGGGAUUUAAUAAAUAUUAAAUUAUAAUUACAUUUUUCCGGGAGAAAUUGAGCGCUCGGUAUGUUUCAGAAAAACAUUCACGCUAAAAAAAGCUGUCAAAAAUAGUAAUAAUAAAAUUUUUUCAAGUAUCAUAAAAGGGGAAAUAAUUCUUUUUCAGAAAAAUCUUUUUUUAUCGAGCCAUUUGCUUUCCGACAAAUACUACAGUCGCCGAAGCAGUUCGUCAUUGAAGAGGUUGAAAUUUUUUUGAUGAACUGAAAAAAACGAAAUGACACGAAGCUUCUAAAAAAAUUAAUAAGAUGUUUGAAAAACAAAGAAAUUCUAGCUUUUCACUCAGGCUUACAGAAAAAAAUUCUUCAGAGAGGCGAGUUAUUUUUUUCUUCUUAUUAUUUAUAUGUAAAAAAAGGAACGAAAGGGCAAUUUUGGAAAAAAAGCGAGGUCGGAACUUCGUUCUCGAUGCGAGUUUGGCGGAAGGUCGUGUUUGCCAAAAAAGCUUCAGGAACACCAUAAUUUUCCGGUUUCCCGCCCUUCAAACAUUUUUUUCUAACGUCAAUUACUGAAAUAUUAUACCCCCAACUUAUGAGUAAAUAACCAUAUGUUUGCCCUUCAGAACAAAUUUGAACAGUUUACUCGACUAUUGAUGAAUUAUAUCUAGUUAUCAACUUACACCAUGGAAGGAGAUUUUUAUGCACUCUAAAAAAAAUCGACAUUAUAAAAGUAGAUUUCACCGUUCGAUCGAUAGAAGAAAAAAAAAUGUAUGUCCGAAACGAGAAAAUAAGUCAUUUUCCCUAUUUUUGCCCUAUGUUCUAAUGAAGACAUCGGUGAACGUUCAGCUGUCUUCCAUGGGCUCACGAAUAUUAAACUCCGAAGCCUGAUUCGUUCAAAUAAUUAGCAAACUAAUAGUAAGUAUUCUUACACGGAAAAGGUGAUAGUCAUUGCAAAUUUGAGCAAAUAUAUCCAAAUUUCAUGGACCGACAAAAGUUGGCAAACACUGGCGCGAAGCAAACUUUUCUAGGAGAUGGAGGAAACAGCAAAAAAAAACAAUUUCCGGAGCAAAAUGGAAAGAUUUCCAGUGUGCGAAUUUUUCAUGAAAGGACCAAAAAUUGAGAAAUUUGACCGGUUUUUACAUAUUCUAAAAAAAGUACUCUCGAAAAUAGGGAUUUUAAAAGGUAUAUUUUUUUCAGAAUAUUGACCAAAGAGCGUUUUAGCUUAUUUUUAUAGUCAAUGUUUCCUGACUUGAAAGGCGAGGGAGGCGGGGCAAGGGGCGGGACGCGUAGCGUGUGCGUACGCGGUUCUUGGCGCCAGUUCAAUUCAGUCGCCGCCGACUGUUUAAAAAGCUCGGCCACCGCUCUUUUUUUCUGUAUUUUCUUCUAUUUUUUUGAUGCACACAUGAACAUAAUCAAUAAAUAAUUAAAAAAACAAGUGAAAAAGAGCAAUAAAUAAGCUCUCUGAAUGCUCGCUAGCGGUUGAAUUGAACACGUGCCAAGAACCGCGUACGCACACGCUACGCGUCCCGCCCCUUGCCACGCCUCCCACGCCUUUCAAGUCGGGAAACAUAGACUAUAGAAAUCUUCAAAGUUUCUAGUUGAAGAACCUUUUUUGUGAGAAAACGUGGUCGAUACUUCAUUUGAAAGUUUCUCUGGGAAGAUCCACCGAGGUGGUAUUCGAAAUCAAAUCUUGCUGACGGCUGCAGACAACGAUCCGGAAACUGGCUCCGAUGGCCUUGUCGGGUCUGUCGCACGUCGAGCACAUCUGGUUCAGAGAGGCCGACGUCGACGUCAUCGCGACCGAGGCGUUCAACUACGUCGCCCACGUCGCCUACAUCUACUUCUAUCGCUCGCGAAUUGGAAGAAUCGAAAGACGAGCCUUCAGUGAGCAAUUCCCCUAGUGCAAAUAACGCUGCUAUUUAUCGCGGCUCGAAUCGUGCCUUAGCGCUUUUUGGCCCAGUCAUCAGAUCGGCAAGAUUAAUCGAAUAGAAUCGUUUUAUUUUGAUAGAGAAAAUCAAAAAGGGCAAAUACUCGGGGAUUCGGAACGCCUCAUGGAAUUUUUAAUUUAAAAAAAGGGUUUUGGGAGCGGAAAAAUUUUGAAUAUUAUUUUUCUAAUUCAAGAAAAACAUUCAAAUUAAUUGCUUUCUCCAUUUGAUUUUGUGGAGAUAGUGGCCUUUCAACAGAAUUUCAAAUUCUACGUAUAAUAAUAAAAGUUUUUUUAGUAAUAAAUACGCCAGCCAUUAGAUAGAAGCGAAAACCGCGCCAGGUCGGCUGCAAGUGGUAGAAAGUCUGUAUAAGUCCUUCGCAUCUCCAACCUUUCGUUCUUCCGAGAACAUAUACUAAAAAUAGGAACAAUACAGAGAAGAUUAGCAUGGCCCCUGCGCAAGGAUGACACGCAAAUUCGUGAAGCGUUCCAAGUUUUUCGGCUUCUUUUCAAUUUUUCGAGAGAGCGUAAAAAAGAUUCUUUUCAAACUUUUCAAAGAAGAAAAAUUUUUUUUCCAGUUUUUAUUAAUAGUUUUUUUUCAGGCGGAAUGACGAGAGUCAGUCACGUUUUCUUCAAAGAAAAAGUUUCGAUUGGUGCCAUCGAAGGAGAAGCUUUCGCUACUUCUUCAGUGGAUGACGUCGAGUUCGAGAAGGUGGAGGCGCGCAACGUCGAUGACAACUUCAUCGACAAGAUCAACGCCGACGACUUCAGAAUCCGCAAAUCGACGUUUCUCUUCGUCGCUAGAAACGACAUUGCUGUUUUAGGAGACGAAGAGAUCAAGCCGUUCAACAUCUCGAGGUUAGGUCUCUUUAAUGACUGUCAAUAAGAAACAGUUUACGAAAAAAGUGAUUUACUACGAUAUUUGGAUUGAUCGAAGGCUUUGUGAUGGAAACACAUUACUAAAGGCUUCACAUAACCAUGCGGAAAGAUAUUUCUAACUUUUUCACUUUCUAAAGUCGAAGAGUUCAAUUUUGUUUUUUCUUGGAUUAAAUUUUAUUCACACUUUUUUUGAUAGUUAUUUUGAUAAUUAUAUUAUUUUGAUCUGUUUUGAUAGUUAUAUUAUAGAGGCCGAACCUCCAUUUUCUAAAAAUUUUCUGCUAAUGGUGUAAAAAUCCUGACAGUAACCUUCCAUACGAGCAGCGAAUGAACUAAAUACCACGCGAUGGAAUAUAGCAAAAAAAUUAAUUUAAACUUGUUUCUUUGCGUGGUGUUCCUUCAAGACGGAAUUUCAUGAUAAGUUGUUGGAAUUCAGAUGCGAAAUAAGCAACUCAAAUAUCAACGCUUUUUCUCCAAAAAGUUUCCCUUGUCUGGCUCUUGGCGUCAUCAGCACCAACUUUUCUCGGCUAGAGCCUCUGGAAAACGGCUCGUCGGUCGGUUUUUUUCAAAUUUACAGCGAAAUAAUGUAUACAGAAAUAUUUCUCGAACUAGCAAAAAUAGCGAAAACUGAUAGGUUUAAACUUUUUGCAGAAUCCAGCCAAGUUAAAGUCUCUUUGGUUUGUCAACUGCACGAUUGACGUCAUCAAGGACGACGUUUUCGGCCGAAAACUUGACCGCAUCGAAUUCAAUCGGACCAAAAUCGGCCAGAUCCAAUUCGGAGCUUUUGGCGAUCUUGAAGCGGACAAAAUCGCCCUGCAUGAAUCCAGAGUUCAGCAAAUUUGCUCGAAAUCUUUCUCGAAGAGUACUCUGAGAUUCUUGCUGUUGGAUGACAUCAUAGUGGAUGAGGUAAAGAAAAAAACUAAUUAUUUUUGUUCUAAUUUCUAAAACAAUGUGUCGAAAUUUCUGAGGAUAUAGUACAUUGUUUCCCAUAAUUCUUAGUGAGGCUUUUGAAGAUGUGAGAAGACUUGGAUGACCUAAAAGAAUACUGAAAACUUUACAAGAAACGUUAUCAAUUUUUUUUGUAAAAUCAAUCAAAAUUGUUCAACUUUAGAUCGAAUCAACGUCGAUAUCAAACGCAAAAAUUGGAACACUCUUCAUCAAGUCCUCCACAAUAUUAUCCCUCGGUGCGCAGAUAUUCGAAAACUCGACGAUUGGAACUUUGAAGCUUGACAAGACAAGGAUAAGAGAGCAUCAUCGAGAAGCAAUGAAUAGCUACAGCAAGGUUUCUUGGCUCAGUAUUUUUAAAGAAAAUAUUUUUUAUUGGAUUCGAUAAGUGAAAGGGCUGUAGGAGAAUCUCAAAGUUAGAUGAUGUUCCUACCUGAACUUCAGAUGGAAACACUCUGGAUUUCUGAGAGCGAGCUCCGGUCGCAGAGCUCGACGCCGCUUCUGCCGAGUGCCAGCCGAUCUCAGCCGCUGCCGCUCAACCUCGUCCUCACCAAUAACACGUUUGACUGCGCUAUCCCCGACUGCGGAACCAACGUCUACUUGACAAAGAACUCUUUGGGAGGCCGUGAGACUGCCUGGCAGGUCGCUGACAAUCGCUGUCGCAACUUCCGAGAGGCCUGUCGGACAGCGCCUGUCAGCCCCUUCGUCGAGCACGGCCUCGAGUGUCGGCUCACCUGGGCUCUCGCCGACUGCAGGUCUUUCUUUAAGAAUCCUCUGACGCUUGGCGAAACCAUAAAUGGGCAGAUCAUUUUCAGAGGCCGCCAACUCCUUUUUUAUGAAAAUUUGAGAAGUCCUAAUCUUCAGAAAGUAUUUCGGGAAAUUUUUGGAAAGCUUCAAACUUCAUGAUGAAACUGUCUUCCUUGUUAGUUCCUUAAAUAAGCCCCGAAAUAAAAUGAGUCUGACUGUUUCAAUCCGCGUCGAAUCGAGAAAAACAAAUCUAUGAAAAUUUAAUUUUUCAGAUGCCUAGAACCGAAGGCGACUCUGCCGUUCAAGGAGUUUCACACCCUUAACAUCAGUGUUUUGACUAUCGGCGACUGUGAUCAACUGGAAGUCGCUGACACCGCUUCAGAAUCCUCUUUGAUGGCCCUCUACGUCUUUCGAACUGGAAGAAUCGACAUUCAAGAGCUGCCGGAGAGCCUUCAAACUGCCAAGUUCUUCCACUCGCGCCUCCUCUUGCACGACCGGCCAGAGCCCCCAAGUCGAGUCGAAUUGACCAAUCUCACUCUUCUUCACUCCAGCGUCUCCAAGAUAGGAAAGAACGCGUUUGCUCGGAUGAAAAUCGGAGAGUUCUUCAUCCAUAAUUCUAUUGUUCCAAUCGUUCCAAUUUCUGCGACGCGUGGAACUAAAAUCGAUCGAUUGACGGUGCUCAGAGGGAAGCUGGGUUCUACGAAGGCUCUGUUCGACGUGAGUCGACAUCUGGUCAUGCACGAAUCUCUCGUCUUCACCACGAUCGAUAGUCUGGCGAGCAUCGAGUCGGCUCAGAUGCAGAAUAACACCGUCUUGUGCUGCUGCGGCGACGGCAGCGGUCUCUCCAGCAACCUCAAAAUCGCCCGGCGACUUGGCUCCUGUCCCAGCAACCUUGAAGAUGGCUGGCACGACGUCAGGUUCGUGUUGUUCGCUCUUGUGACGGAUGAUUCAGAACAGAGUAGAAAAUUUUCUGACGGGCAAGAGAUAUUGUAAGAUUGCUCCCGAGUUUACUAUCUUGAAUAUUUGAAAUUAGCAAACUUUAGAUGCGAGACGGAGUUCCGGUUGGAAGACUGCGACAAGCUGCCUGGAGGCGUUGAACUGGAGGACGAUUACGAGUACGACUAUGAAGACUCCGAAGAACCUUCAGAGAUUCGCCUUGUCAGACGAGGAGUCAAGCUCGCCAUGACGUCAUAUAACAAAGAUGCUGGUCCAAUUACGGUUUCAUUGUUAUUCGUUGGUGCAAUUAUGAGUUUCAACCUUAGAGUUUAA